AUGAAUCGUUCAAAAAAUUUAAUUAAAGUUUUAAAUAAUGUCAUCAUAAAUAAUAAUGGAAAUAAAAACCUUAGUUUUCCAUUAUCCUAUAUCUCUACAAAUGUAUCAUUUCAAUCAAACAAUACAGGUAUAUCAAAAAGAAAUUAUUUUACAAAUAAUAAAAUCAUAUUUUCUCAAUCAUCAAAUAAAAAUGAAUCAGUAAAUGAGCAAAAACAAGAGUCAGAACAAUCACCAAAAAUUGAAGAAACUACACAACAACCACAAGAACCACUAAAAACUGAGGAAACUAUACAACUAAAAACUGAAGAUAAUACACAACCAAAAACUGAAGAAGCCACACAACAACAAACAUCACAAGAAUCACCAAAAACUGAAGAUAAUACACAACCAAAAACUGAAGAUAAUACACAACCAAAAACUGAAGAUAAUACACAACCAAAAACUGAAGAACAAUCAAAAACUGAAAAUAAUGAACAACAGCAACAACAACAACAACAAACAGAAGAAAAACCAAAAACAUUAAAAGAGAAAAUAAUAUCAAAAUUAAAAUGGGGAACAAUUAUUGGUAGUAUAACAGGUAGUAUAUUCUUUUUAUUCUAUGAAUCAUAUCUUAGAGGUACUUUACCAUAUAGAAUGACAAUGAAAUUGGUUGAUAAUGAUGUUGAUGUAUUAAGAGCAUUUGGUGGUCAUAUCACAGGUAUUAAAUGGUAUAAAUGUUUUUUAAAUCCAAUUUUUGGUUGGGUUCAAAAUGAAGAAGGUGGUUAUAAUAGUUGGACUGUACUUAGAAUUCCAAUCACUCGUUUCAUUGCACCACCACCACCAGCUCCAAAGGAUGGUCAACCACCAAUUGAACCAAUCGUUUUACCAGAGGAUGAACUUUUCAAAGGUUAUGAUGGUGGCGUUCAAGAAGGUAUUAUCUAUGCUCGUUUAGAUAAAAAUAGUGCAAACUUUUUCGAUUGGCGUUUCGAGGAUCUUCAAAUUCAUUGUGAUAAUCUACAAGUUAUUAAAAUAGUUGACUCUGAAAAAAAUAAAGUUAAAGUAUAA